CUUUUUCAUCGAUUGAUUGCGGCACACCACCAUCCUCCCAAUCCAUCGACGAUGGCGGAGUCGGUUGCCAAGCAGGCCGGCAUGGAGGGUAACUUGCAGCGUCAUGUUGCCCCAACCAGCAGCUUGAACCUCAUGAAACUUCGCACGUUCGUCAUCACAUUCACGACGUACGCGACUUUCCACGUCGCGCGUAAGUCGUUUAGUUCGAUCAAGGGCGAGCUGAGCAGGGAGCUGUGGAUGGUUUCGUCCUUGACGAGUCAGUCCAACAUGUAUGGUCUCAUGGACAUGGUGUUCCUGGGGUUCUACGCUGUCGGGUUGUACGUGAGCGGCAUGCUGGGCGAUCGAUUGGACCUUCGCAAGUUCCUCGCCGGUGGGAUGGUGGGUGUCGCGCUCGUGCUCGUUGCGUUUGGUGUGGCGGGCCUAGCGAACAUCCACUUCUUUUGGUUUUACUUGGUGCUGUGGGGCAUCAACGGCGCCGUGCAGUCAGUGGGAUGGCCGGCGAACGUGGCGAUCAUGUCCCGUUGGUUUGGCCAAGGCGAGCGCGGCUUGGUGCUGGGACUAUGGAGCAGUUGCUCUUCGUUUGGCAACAUAUGUGGCGGGGCCUUAGUCAGUAUAUUGUACGGACUCGCCGACCCUACCCUGGCGUGGAAGCUGGUCAUGUUAGCAUCUGGCUCGUUCAUGUUGAUGCAGUCUGCCAUCGUGUACGCGUUUCUCGUACCUGUUCCCCCCAAGCCUCAUCUCCACGACGACACCGACGUCCAAGAAGCGUCGUCCAAGGCCGCCAUCGACGAAGAUGACAUGUGUGCGCCGGCAGGCAUUUCGUUUUCUAGAGCAUGGAUGAUCCCUGGCGUGGCGUCGUACGCUGUCGCAUACGCCUGUGUCAAGUCUGUGUCAUAUUCGCUCUUCUUUUGGGUCCCAUAUUACCUCACGGCGGCGCGGCACAUGGACAACGCCAAAGCGAAUUUGUUUUCCAUCCUGUACGACGUCGGCGCCCUCGUCGGGUCUGUGGUCGGGGGCUACGUUACGGAUCGAAUGGGCGGCCGGCGAUCUCUAUACAUUGUAUCGUCGCUUUGUCUAGCUGGACUGGACAUGCAGUUCCUGUUUGGCGCGACCGAGCACAUGACGGGCAUCCUGCUCUUCUUGACGGGGAUUCUCAUGGGCGGCCCAGAGAUGCUCAUCACGACCACCAUCUCGGCGGACCUGGGCACGCAUGCGUCGCUGGCCAAGAACGCGCAAGCGCUGGCGACAGUCACCGGCAUCAUCGACGGCACCGGCAGCAUCGGCGCCGCCCUGGCGCAGUAUGUGGUCGGGCGGAUCGCCAACUGCCACUCAGUCUGCGAAGAUACCGCCUUGACAGACCUGACUCCUCGGGUGUGUCCCACUACAUGUGCGUGGGACUCUGUGUUCUUCAUGCUGCAAGGAUGUGUCGUCGUGGGUAUGUUGAGUUUGAGUGGGCUGGUCGUGCAAGAGACCCGGGCGGCGUGGCACCUACCAGGGUAAGAAGAGUACUCAUUAUUGGGUCGAGGAGGCAUGGGUGGUUUUACAGGGCGGGUCUGGAUGCCACGAAAUAUGGCAUAAAAUUGCCGUUUUUCCAAGAAAGUUGGCAAAAUCGAAAUAUUCCUACUAUUUUCGAGAUUUCGUGCGUCUGGAUACAAAACCAACGUUCAAUAUGCCAUAGUUUUGUUGAGAUUUGGGUAUUUUAUGGCUCAUAAAUAGAAUAAACCGAUUUGGUCCAACUGUUUUAUAUCAUCGUCACGUUGAAGUCUUGCACUUGAAUUGGACAUCGAAGACUAUUUCUUCCAAAGUUCAACUGACACACACACAACCUUUGUAGGUUCUUCGUUUUGCCUUUUUAUUCAUGGGAUGAUUUGACACUUUGGGAAACUUGCCUAAACGGUUUAUGGCAUCCUUUUAUGGGGGGGGUGGCAUCCAGACCAGCCAGCGUUAAGAAUAAUCAUAGCCGCGUUAGAAUCUUACUAAUGGCAUCGUAGUACAGUGUGGGAAUGAUAUGGUACAAUCAAUCUCGAAUAUAUCUCUCCCAUUGGUCAAAAUAUGAAAAUUCCUUGUCUCUGAUUGGCUACAGUAGUUUCUCGUUUUAGUUUUUGACUACUGUCAGUACCAAUCUCGCAAAAUCGGGACAUUUGUACCGAAUUCGUCAUUCUUCAAAGAGUAGUUUGUCUGUAUUUUAGUAUAAUACUUCUGUACUUGUCCAUCAUAAUGCUGGAUUUUGUCAUAUAACCCCAAUGCAAUGUAGUAACAAAUUACAACACCGUCCAGUGCUCCAAAGUGACGACGACGAUGAAGAUGCCAGUCUUUGGCACGAAUCCAAGAUCUCAGGUCCAGAUACACCUGGCUCCAGUGCAAGUUGUGGUAGCCCCGUGUCGUCAACUACCGCCGACGACACUUCAUCCGAGGCAGGCAGCCUGAAACAUAGAGUAUAGCCAACCAUAUCGAAACAACCCCUCAGUGUCCUAGUACACUAUUUUGCCUAAAGUUGGACGAAUGCCCGAUGUAUUUGGCCGUGCACCCGAUAUAUUUGGUGGUGUAAUAAUUAGCCAUGUGCCCGUUUAAUUUGGCACACUGAGGUCGUGUGCCCG